CUGAUCAUCCCGUUCAUGUCCGCGAUCGUCGGAUACGCCACGAACAUCGUCGCGCUGCAGAUGACGUUCUACCCGCUCGAGUUUUUCCCGAGCUUUCUCAAGUUCGCGCAGGUGCCCGGGCAGCCGUUCGGGCUCCUCGGCGGGUGGCAAGGGAUCAUCCCGAGCAAAGCCGGGAAGAUGGCGGGCAUUCUCACGGACUUGAUGACGACGAAGCUGAUCGACGUCGCGGAGAUGUUCGGGAGGAUCGUCCCGCACGACUUCGCGGAAGUCCUCGCGCCCGCGGUGAAGGCGAGCACGUACACCAUCUUCAGCGACAUCAUGAACGCCGAGGCGCCGUUCGUAUGGAAGUCGCUCCCGAACGCGGUGCAGCAGGACAUCGUGCUGGAGGUCAUGGGGGGUGUGCCGGAGUUCUUAGAGGGGCUCACGCAGGACUUGAUCGAGAACAUUUACGAGGUUCUAGACAUCAAGUCCAUGACCGUCGGGCUCGCGGAGGCGAACAAAGCCCUCGUCGUGAAAAUGUUCAGAGAGGUCGGCGACAAGGAGUUUGUCAUCAUCGAACGCAGCGGCGGAUACUUUGGCUUCAUAUUCGGCGUGUUUCAGAUGAUCAUAUUCUACAUCGUCGACGUGUACGAACCCGAGUACAGCGGGCCGUUACUCCCGGUGUUCGGGUUCAUGGUCGGGUGGCUCACGAACUGGGUCGCGCUGAAGCUGAUAUUCAGGCCGAUCGAGCCGACGCCGGUGUGCUGCGGCGCCUUCGUGAUUCAGGGCGCGUUUCUGAAGCGGCAAGAAGCCGUCAGCGAAAAAUUCGCCGCGCUCAACGCGGAGCUGUUUUGCAACGCCCACAACAUCUGGGACGAGAUGAUGCACGGCGCGAAGAAAGAGCAGUUCAACGCGAUGAUCAAGAAGCACGCGACGACGUUCUUCGAUCGCACCGUCGGCGGCUCCGGCGCGAUGGUCGCGAAGACGUUAUUCGGGAAGGAGACCUUCGAACGCGUGCGCGGCGGCGUCGCCGACGGCCUCGUCAAGCAGCUGCCGUCGAUACUGCCCAUCUCGUACGACUACCAGGACGAGGUGCUCCUCAUCGAGGACACCGUGAGAGAGGCGAUGCGGGUGCUCCCGCCCGCGGAGUUCGAGGGGGUGUUACAUCCGGUGUUCGAAGAGGACGAGAUCAAGCUCAUCUUCGUCGGCGGCGUCCUCGGGGCGCUCGUCGGGUUGGCGCAGUACACGCUCAUCUUCGCGUCGUGAGCCGAGGCGGGCGGAGGGUGGGGGGGGUGAGUUGUGAGUUGAUUUAUUGGGGUUGAUUUAUUUUUUGGACGCGGAGGAGCGUCUGUCUUAGCGCAUUCGUCGUAGGAUUGUUACAUAUAGCACGAUCGUCGACUG